CCCCCACAGACAUUUCCAAGCAAAUUAAAGCACCCACAUCUUCCCAAAAAACAAAGCUUUCAAAUUCUACCGACUCCCCAGUUUCUUAAAGUAUGGCAAGUAGAAAAUUAAGCACCCUUUUGCUCGUUCUUGUUAUCGCAGUGGCUGUUCUCAGCUGCGUCGAGGCGACGAGAGUGUUACCGGAGGAUUUUGCGAAGGCAAACCACCUAGAGACGUACUCGUCGGUGUACGAGAAGGCGAAAUCCACGAUGUCGUGUUGGCUCGGACGGCUGGCUUCCGGACCUAGUCCUAAAGGACCUGGCCACUAGAGGUUGUAUGCAGUUUAAGAGUAUAAAAAGUCGAAGAAAUCAUAGGCUGAAAGAUUCUUUUGAUCGUUUAUUUGUUCUUUUUACAUGUAUGUUGCAGAGAAUCACAGGAGAUGAAUGCAAAUGCAAUAAAUAAAAAGAAUAAAAUUCUUUAUAAUGAUUAUAUAUAUUCCUGAUGUAAUACAUUUUUCUCAGAUUUACACCUCCAUCUAUACAAUUAAUCUCGGAUAAGGCU